GUUUCGUAGAUUUACACGAUUGAAAUUUGCACUACACACGCGUGCUGCGCGCUUGUUUAUGAUAUAAGUUUGUUGCAAAUAGAAAAAUGUCAGCUAGAAAGAAGCCCGACUCCCAAGUACCUGCAGAAGAAAGUGACCUACUACUCAUUCGUCCUUUAGGUGCUGGCCAGGAGGUUGGGCGAUCAUGCAUUAUGCUGGAGUUUAAAGGAAAGAAAAUAAUGCUUGACUGUGGUAUUCACCCAGGAUUAUCUGGAAUGGAUGCUUUACCAUUUGUGGAUCUUAUUGAAGCAGAUGAAAUAGAUUUGUUGCUUAUAUCACACUUUCAUCUUGAUCACUGUGGUGCUUUACCUUGGUUCCUGCAGAAAACAAGUUUCAAGGGGCGCUGCUUCAUGACUCAUGCAACGAAGGCUAUUUAUCGGUGGUUGCUAUCGGAUUACAUCAAAGUCAGCAACAUCGCAACUGAGCAGAUGCUGUACACAGAGGCUGACCUCGAAAGUAGCAUGGAUAAGAUUGAGACUAUAAACUUCCACGAAGAGAAAGAUGUGUUUGGAAUCAAGUUUUGGGCGUACAAUGCCGGACAUGUCCUAGGAGCUGCCAUGUUUAUGAUUGAAAUUGCGGGAGUUAAGAUUCUGUACACGGGGGACUUCUCUCGACAAGAGGACAGACAUCUGAUGGCUGCUGAAAUACCAAACGUUCACCCAGAUGUUCUAAUCACGGAAUCCACAUAUGGCACUCACAUUCAUGAGAAGCGUGAGGAGCGUGAAAGUCGGUUCACUGCCCUGGUCCACGAUAUCGUGAACCGAGGUGGGAGAUGCUUGAUCCCUGUGUUCGCGUUGGGCAGGGCUCAGGAACUUCUGCUAAUACUAGAUGAGUACUGGAGUCAGCAUCCGGAACUGCAUGACAUUCCCAUCUACUAUGCAUCUUCUUUGGCAAAGAAGUGUAUGGCUGUGUAUCAAACCUACGUGAAUGCUAUGAACGAUAAGAUUCGACGUCAGAUUGCAAUCAACAAUCCAUUUGUGUUUAGGCACAUUUCCAAUCUGAAGGGUAUUGACCACUUUGAGGACAUAGGACCAUGUGUAGUAAUGGCAUCUCCAGGUAUGAUGCAAAGUGGGUUGUCUCGAGAGCUGUUUGAGUCCUGGUGCACAGACUCAAAGAAUGGUGUCAUUAUUGCUGGCUACUGUGUGGAAGGAACAUUGGCAAAGACAAUCCUGUCUGAACCUGAAGAAAUUACCACAAUGUCUGGGCAGAAGCUACCUCUCAAAAUGUCUGUGGAUUAUAUAUCGUUCUCAGCUCACACUGACUACCAGCAGACUAGCGAGUUCAUCAGGAUCCUGAAGCCUCCACAUGUGGUAUUAGUCCAUGGGGAGCAGAAUGAAAUGAGUCGCCUGAAGGCUGCACUCCAGCGAGAGUAUGAAGAUGACCCCAGCACCAAGAUGGAGCUGCAUAACCCACGCAACACAGUUGCCGUGGAGUUGUACUUCAGAGGGGAGAAGACUGCAAAAGUGAUGGGGACAUUGGCCAUGGAGAAACCAAGGCCUGGGCACAAAUUAUCAGGAAUCCUGGUCAAGAGGAACUUCAACUAUCACAUGCUGGCUGCAUGCGAUCUUUCUAAGUACACAGAUAUGACCAUGAGUCAAGUGGUACAGCGCCAGAGUGUCCAUUACUCUGGAGCCUUGCCAGUCCUGCGACUUCUGCUGUCACAGGUUUCUGGCAACGUAGAAAUGCUGGAAGAAAAGAAGAUGCGAGUUUUUCAGAGCGUGGACAUCACAUUGGACAACAAGAUCGUCAUGCUAGAGUGGAUAGCAACCCCUGUGAAUGACAUGUAUGCUGAUGCUGUACUUGCUGCUGUGAUGCAGGCCGAGAUACUGGAUACAACUCCCUCGUUCUUUCCAAUCCAAUCCAAGAUGGAUCGCAUGCAUUUCAAGGAAUGCCUGAUAGAAAUGUUACAGGAAAUGUUUGGUGAAGAUUCUGUUCCAAAAAUAUUUAAGGGUGAGAAGCUGUAUGUCACUGUGGAUGGCAAGAAGGCAAACAUAGAUCUGUUGAAUUUGGAGGUCUGCUGUGAAGAGGAUGAAGCAUUCCAACAGAUUGUGCAGACGGCUGUAACCAAACUGUACCAGUCUCUUGCUCCUCCUCGAACAGAUUGAAGGAUCACUCUUAUCAUAUGCUACUUCAUUAACAGGAAGUUUGUAAUAAUUUAUUUUCUGUCAUAAGAACCAGUUCAUCACCUACUGAAUUAACGUGUUUCCUGUCUCAUUAUCCAAUGCAGACCCUCAAAUACACUUGUAUGGUGUACAGCAGUUAUUAGUUCCAUUUGUAUGUAAUUGAAUCUGGUCCUAAAUUAAAUUCUUUGUUUACAUCACCUA